AUGAUGCGAUCGUUAGGGAAAGACAGCGGGAACGCGGUGGGGCAAGGCACGGGGGUUGACUCCUGGCUAGACUUCUCGACCUCGUUUUCUUCGGAGCACCUGGCGAGCCUGAACAAGCACCUCCCCGGCCGGUCCUUCCUCGCCGGCGGCGCUUUCUCGUUGGCGGAUGUCGCGGUCUACUUCGCUUGCGCCGCGGCCGUGGCCGCCGCUCCCCCCGCGGCCGGGAAGCAACUGCACUUGUGUCGGUGGUUCAACCAAGUGCAGCACCGCGUGAGGCUACUGGCGCCGUCUUGCCCUGUCCUCCCCCCAACCGUAACUCUCAACAUCUUCUCGCCAGUGGCGGUGCCUCUGCCCGCUAAACAACCAGCCACCUCCAGCGGCGCGGCCCAAUCGGCAACCGCGGGGUCGGCGGCCGGGGCCGCGGCGGCGGCGCCCGCUUGUGGUGUCGGCACAGAGAAAUCGGCGAGCGCUAGCAGCCCUACAGAGGGCAAGAAGGACAAGAAGAAGAAAAAGAAGGGGGCGGCGGCGGGGGGUGAGGACGGGGACGGUAAGGCGGCGACGCCGGCGGCCGCGGCGAAGGGUGCACCGGGUGAGGCGAAGAAGGGGGCGGAGUCUGCUGCGCCUGCCGCCGCCGCCGCCGCGGAGGGGGACCCGUCGAAGCUCGACGUACGCGUCGGCACCAUCGUGAAAGCGUGGGAGCACCCCGACUCCGAGAAGCUGUUCUGCGAGGAGAUCGACCUCGGGGAGGGAGCAAACAGGAAUAUCGCCUCGGGGCUGCGAGCGUUCUACACCUUGGAGGAGAUGCAGGGACGACGAGUUAUCGUUUUGGCUAACCUUAAGCCCCGAAACAUUGGCGGCUUUAAGAGCAAUGGAAUGGUCCUCUGCGCGUCCUCCGAAGAUCACAGCGUGGUGAAGAUCGUUGAGCCGCCGCCGGGAGCGGCCAUCGGGGCGAGAGUCACCGUGAGCGGGACGGAGGGGGAGCCGGCAACGCCCGCUCAAGUGCAGAAGAAAAAGAUUUUGGAGAAGUGCGCGCCCAAGCUCAAGACCAACAGCGACGGGCUUCCCGGCUACGACGGCGUGGGCGUCUUCAACGUCGAUGGCGAGCCCUGCGUGGCGACGAUCCCCGGGGCUUUCGUGUCGUAGUCGGUAUCCCUCUUGUUGUGACUGCGUAUACUUUUGUUUUGAACCUAGUGUAGAGCGAUCGAGCGGCAAUAGCAGCAGCAGCAGCAGCAGCAGCAGCAGUAGCAGCGGUGGCAGACGUUCACGCACAGUUCUUAUGGCAGGGCGAUGGAAGCCGUGAGCGGCAAAAACACAUGGGGUCAUACUCACUUUAAAGGUCCUUUGUGGGUCGCUACAGACAUUGCAAGCGUUGAUUCGGGAUAGGGCCACCAUUCGGUACGAACGACUCUUGUUUAGUGUAGGGCUGAGAGGAGGCUGGG